AUGUCCUUCAGAUCUAAUCACCAAUCUAAUCAAGUAUUCACUAAGACAUAUUUGGUUGGUUUGGUUCCCCUCUAUUUACUGAAGAAAUGGAAUUCCAGAAUAUCUUCACACGACAUACCCUUUGCUAAUGAGUUGGAGGGGACGGGGAAGGAGAGGGCAUCCCUUUCCUCGAAUGCUGUCAUUCAGAUUCUGCUUCAAUUCGGUGGAGGAGUUCUGUUCGCAACGGUUUUCACUCAUUUAAUACCAGAAAUAAGAGAAAACUACGAAAACUAUCUGAAAAGCAAUGAAUCCAUUUUGAAAACUAAUCAAAAUGAGGAUAAGAAGUCAUAUGAAAUUCCUUACAUCGAAGUCACCAUUUGUUUGGGAUUUUUCCUCAUAUUUCUUGUCGAAGAACUCAUGCAUUUGUUUCUCAACCGAUUCCAUGAACACCAAAACAAACACAACAACUGCUAUAACAGGGACCUAAUGGACCGGUGCUCCAGUCUAUGUGCCGACAAUACCGUUCAAACCGAGUCUAAGCCAUUCUCCAGCGCUUUCGUCAAUUAUGGGGCCGACCUCUCGUCCACCAGUUUUGACACAAGUAUUAAAAGAUUAAAUUUCAUUAAACCGGACGUCACUACUAAUGGUAUUUCAUCGACAACAGCCACCGACUUGUGGUCCAUGUUUUUUGCCAUAUCUGUCCACAAACUUGUCAUUGCGUUUGUGGUAAGCCUUCAACUCUUUGAUCAGUCGCACCGAAUACUUUUGGUGGCCAUACAUAUGGCUAUGUUUGCGAUCAUGUCUCCAAUCGGCAUAUUAAUUGUUAUUUUGAGUGAGAAUUCACUUUUGGGAGAAGAUUCAGAAAGCAAUCCAAUAGUAAUACUGUUGACAUCGAUAGCCACGGGAACGCUAUUGUAUAUUAUAUUCUAUGAGAUUCUCCAGAAAGACCGGUGCGAACGCAUAUCAGGGUUCAUACAAUUCCUGUCUAUUUUGGUUGGAUUUUCUAUUAUGCUAACCAUUAAUAUUCUUCUCUCAGAAUAA